AUCAUCUGAGAUUAGAAAUGCAUUUGUCUAGUCAUGUGAUUUCGGGUGAGACAAAUGUCGGAUCAGAUUUUGUGGCCAAUUUAUGCAGAGAUUGAGGUAUUUGCAAAGGUUCUCAUACUUUUGCUUGGAACUGCGUUCCAUGUUCGCAUGCGGUUAGCAAUUUAGAAGCUAGCCGCUACUAUUGUAGCAUCCUUAUCGCGAGCUUUUUGCUGAGUUACGUCGUCUUUUGGAGACCUCCUUUGAUGCUAGAACAGUCACGUUAUUUAUGUCAUUUCAUAACGAAAUAGUAAGUUAGUUUUUGGUCGAAAUUUUGGAAAUGGCGCAAAAAGGGGUGCAUGCGGCUUCCGGGGGUCGAGGGGUGGUGUCAUGGUUUUAAGGGAGGGGCGCCUGGGUGCCUCAUCUUUGUGGUGUGCCGGUUUAAAUGUCCAGAGACCGACCACACGAAGGGAAGCAGCCAUGGUUUUAAUAAAUGACUGGACUCUGUCAGCCACUGAAGAAGAGGAAACAUCUAGAACGUUGCCUCCAACACACAAACUGCCAGACAAAGCCAAGCAAAAUAUGCUCGAAGACGAUAUUUGCGACUUGUGUGAUUCGGACUCUUCUGGUUACACAGACCAUUCAUCUGAUGUAAUUGACAUCACAGAAGAAGUGAUAAAGUUUCGGAUUGGGGAAUGUUUCCAGCCGGAAAGUCUUCCGACUACAAAUGACUCUCUAGCGGAGUUUGUAUACGUAUUGGACAGUGAAGAUGAGAAAGCCGAUGACGAACUUGACUUCAUAUCCUCUGACGUUGUGGCCUGUGGUAACGGUACAUGUGGGACAGAAUCAAACAACAAAGAAACAAAGGAGGAAGCCACCUGCAUAGAUGUGUUCCCAGCGCAGCAGACCACCCCGAAGCGUAAAUACAGGAGACGCAAAAAACUCUGCUGCAGGAAAGAAUCCACAACCGAGGUGGCAGGUUUGCAGGAGGAAGAGACAGAUGAGGGUGACAAAGGCAAAGGCGGGCGAAGGAGGUCAAAGGGAGGAAAUGUUCCGUGGGGUGCUCUACAGGAUGGCAACAACUCGCUCGAUGACACGCAGAAAAGGAAGACCAAAAAGGUCACGUUGACCAAUGGCGCAACCUACACUCAACCCGACCAGAUCCAUCGCGAGAAGACCAUUGAGAGGAUUGUGAAAAUGAAAUUGGACAUUGAAGGAUUCUGUUUGUGUUGCGGGAGUGACAACGUGGAUAUCUUCCACCCGCUCUUCGAAGGAGGUCUCUGCUUGCGGUGCAAAGACAACUUCACUGAGACCUUGUAUCAGUAUGACGAUGACGGAUAUCAGUCCUACUGCACUAUCUGCUGCUACGGCCUGGAGGUCAUCCUGUGCGGGAACGACGGCUGCUGCAGAUCCUACUGCAAUGACUGCCUCAAUAUUCUGGUGGGCCGCGGAACCUUUGACGCACUCAAGGAUCUGGACCCUUGGAUUUGCUACCUGUGUCAGGACCACCGAGCCCACCGUGCCCUCCUUCCCAGAGAGGACUGGAGCAUUCGCGUGCAGCAGUUUUUUGUCAACAACAGUGCUAUGGAGUUUGAGGCUCAUCGUGUUUACCCGUCCAUCCCCACUCACCUACGAAGACCCAUCAGAGUUCUCUCACUUUUUGAUGGCAUCGCAACAGGAUACCAGGUGUUGAAGGACCUCGGCUUUAAGAUCCACACGUACGUGGCCUCUGAGAUUUGUGAGGAUUCCAUCGCGGUCGGGGUCGUCAACCACGAUGGGAAGAUAAGUCACGUUGGUGACACCCGUGACAUCACCAAGGAAUUUGUGGGGAAGUGGGGUCCUUUUGACCUGCUGAUUGGUGGAAGCCCCUGUAAUGACCUCUCCAUUGUGAACCCCAUCCGAAAAGGACUUUACGAGGGUUCGGGCAGGCUCUUCUUUGAUUUCUACCGCAUCCUGCAGAUGCUCAAGCCCAAAGAAGAAGACCACCGGCCGUUCUUCUGGCUCUUUGAGAACGUCGUCUUCAUGAACAUACACGACAAAGUCAACAUCUGCCGCUUCCUUGAGUGCAACCCAGUUCUGGUGGACGCUGUCAAAGUGAGCCCUGCCCACAGAGCGCGUUACUUCUGGGGGAACAUUCCGGGAAUGAGCAGGCCCAUCACGGCCUCGCAGAGUGAUAAAUUGAGUCUGCAGGACUGUUUGGAGGUCGGCCGGCAAGCCAGGGUUACCAAAGUGAGAACCAUCACCACAAACCCAAACUCACUGAAACAGGGAAAAAACGUCUCGCUACUUCCAGUCUUUGAUCAAGGCAAAGAAGACAACCUCUGGAUCACCGAACUUGAAAAGAUCUUUGGUUUUCCUAAACAUUACACGGACGUGAGGAACAUGAAUCGACUGCAGAGGCAGAAGGUGCUGGGCAAGGCGUGGAGUGUUCCCGUCAUCCGGCACCUCUUCGCCCCGCUCAAGGACUACUUUGCCUGCGAGGAGCUCAGCCCGUCCAGCCCAGCCGCUGCAACAGCCUACGUCCCCCAACCAGUGAAGCACCUCAACUAGGGAGAGGGAACGAUGAUUCUUAUUAUUAUUGUUAUUCUUUUUAAGGGAACCAUGUUGGUUUAAUUCUCUUUAAAUGCAUCUUUAGUAUGAACUUACUCAUAGGUUUAAAACAGACCAUUGACUUAAGUCCACUGUUAACAGAUUUUGUAUGUUUUUAAAUGUUCUAACUCAGGGAAGAAGUAAUUUUUUAAUACAGAAAUAUAUAUAUUUAUAUACACAGGUACAAGGGAAAGUGUGAACCCUUGGGAAUGACCAGGAUUCCUGCAUAAAAAGUCAUAAUUUUUUUUUUUUUUUUAAGGUUUACUUAGCCAGGAAAACCCCAAUGACCUUAAAAAUCUCUUUUACAAGAGUAUCCUGGUCAGGACAGGCAACAAGCAGCACAGCUUUAAAAAAAAAAAUAAAAAAAAUCUCAUAAUGCAACUAUCAGCAUUCUUUAGCAAUGUCAUCCAUCCAUUUUAUGAACUGCUUAUCCUCACAAGGGUCGUGGGAGUGCCGGAGCCUAUCCCAGCUGUCAUCAGGUAGGAGGCGAGAUAAACUGAACUGGUUGCCAGUCAAUUGCUGGGCACUGACAAACUAGCAAUCAUUCACACUCACAAUCACACCGAGGGGUAAUUUAGAGUCUAUAAUGAAUGCAUGUUUUUGGGAUGUGGGAGGAAACCGGAGUGCCCGGAGAAAACCCAGGCAGGCACAGGGCGAACAUGCAAGCUCCAUACAGGCGGGGCUGGGAUUUGAACCCAGGUCCUCAGAACUGUGAGGCCAAUGCUCUAACCAGUGGUUCACUUUU